AUGCUUGUGGCAAACGAAAGAGGACUGGAAAAAUAUCUUGUUGCAACAAGAUUACGAGAGUAUGAUAUCCCGAGGCAAACUUGGAAGAUAUUGGACGUUAUUCUCAAUUCUUCUGACCUACAUUGGUAUUUUUAUGAACCAAUUUUUGACGAGCAGAAAUCACCAGCUUACGAAAUUGUUUUUUUCAAUCACGUUCUUUCUGCAUACAUUAUUUACACCAUCUCUGCGACUGUAUUUGCUUUGACAAUAUACUUUAUUCUACAUGCUUGUGGCCAGCUUGAGAUUCUCAUAAGAAAAAUGAGAGAUAUCGAGACGAUGAACUUGGACGUUGGGAAUGCUGACGAACUCAUCCUCGAGGCAAUUUUGCAUCAAGCAAAAACCAGAAGCUUCAUAAAAAAAGUAGCAGAGAUCGUACAGUACAUGUGUUUAGCAGAAGUAGCGGGCUGCGUAUUCUGUAUUUGCAUCUCCCUUCACUCUCUGGCUAUGGAAAUUAAUAGUAUGGUAUCUAUAGCAACGCAUACAAUAAUCAUGGUAACAUUCACAUACAACCUUUUCAUUCUUUGUUAUAUCGGAGAACUUCUAGCCGACCAGAAUUUGAAAGUCAAUCUAAUGUCAAGAACGUUGGAUUGGCAUAAUCUUCCCCUUAAAUCUGUUCGAAAUUUGCUACUGGUAAUACUUGCGUCAAAUGAUGCUCCAAAGUUGGUAGCAGGCAAGGUGAUGGAUUUAACAUUGAGUAAUUUUACUUCGGUGUUCAAAUCAGCAGUCGGAUAUUUUAAUAUUCUUCGUAGCUCUACUUUGCAGUAGCAUUGAGUUUUAAUCUAGUAAAAAUUCUAUAAGAUACAAUUAGAAACUGCGCAUACAAAUGUUACAAAAUAAACAAACUUAGUAAGAGAAAAAAAAUCGAUGA